AUGAACUUGAAAGUCACGCAUAAGAUAGAAAAUCACUUCGUGAAAUGCGACUGCAUCAAAUGUGAACUUACUAUUUUUGAUAAUCCUAUAGCGCCGCCGCUUCUUCUGAAGAUGGUUGGAAAGCGUCAUUCCGAUGGGUAUAUUGAAGCCAAUUGCUUCAACCGAAUGAUUGCUUUACGAACUUAG